AUGGCAGCUACAGUCCAUGUCUACCGCAUUCACGAUCCGGAACCCUCCGUGAUUCCUCGCACUGGGCUAUCCCCUCAGUAUGCCUAUGGAGCCCAUGUGUUUCGUUGGAAAGAGUAUUUGUUUAUCACCUCCAACAAGAAGCCGAAUGUCUCCGGAGUCCAAGACAUUUCUUUGAAAGGGCUCAGCGAUGAGCAAGGCUUUCUCCACGCUGCAGCUGCUUCUCGGAAAGCACCUCAAGUUGUUGAACAAGCAUAUCUGGAGAUUAUAAAUAACGAAGAGCUCGCAGGAGAAUUUACAGCCGUCUGUGACCGUUGCGAUGCAGUGAUGAUCGAGUAUCUGGAAAUCGUGAAGACCGAAUGGUUGAAAUUUGCCGAGGCAUUCGAGUCUGGGCUCCAAUGCCUUCUUCAAACGACUAAGGAGGCAGAAGUAGAGAAGGCCCUAAAGCAGUUGAAGAAUUGUCUGCAUAUCCUCAGAGAUAGCAUGGGAAACGUCACCCACGAACAACAAACGGAGAACAUCCAACACCCCAAGAGCUGGGCGCUCGACUCCCUCCUCUGUCUUCUCGGGGAUUGUCUAGGCAGGAUGGAAAUGAUCAAAUGGGCAUUCGAUAUGGCUAAACCAUCUAAAGGGCCAUAUGACCUGCUCCGUCUUCGGGGUGAUUUGAUGUACAUCAAGGGACGAUACAAGCAGGGGAUAGGGGAACUGGACGAGAACCUGGCCCGUCUGACGGCAAAUGACGAUGCUGCAACAUCAACCCUGACCGGAAGGCCUACUGUCCACCAAAGUCUUCUGCAUCUAUGCAUUGUUCUUCUUGAGUCCCAGCCUUCAAUCACAGCCCACCGCCUCAGACGGCAGCUGGAUAUUAUGAACUGGCAGCCAACCAACUGGGAAAAAACCUGCAAUGAAUCCGAUGAUCUUUCUGAUGACAAUUACCUUGAUAUCGCGCUUACUUUAGAGGACCUCGAGGUAUUUGAAGGCAUCAGAUUAACAGGAGAGAUGGUGAAGGAACAGUACACAGCUCUGAUGAGAGAACUGAGAAGGCUCGCUGGUGAUAUAGCGCCUGGUGUACCCAAAAGUGAUGAUUUUUCUCUCGCUGCGAACGUGAUCCUAAUCUGCACAUGUAUUGGGGUCCAUGCGGUCGCCCCCCAGCUGGAGGACGAUUUCUAUGCCAGGACGGAUUUUGAGAAUCAUGCUGCUGAGCUCAGCAGAUCGCCACUGUACCGGGAAAAGCGGAUCUCUUCUGAGGGCGCAGCAGACGAACUCGACCGCAUUAUCCUCCCUUUACGACCCAACAGAGACCCGGCUCCGUCCCCUGAAAUCAAAGACAGCGAUGUCUCUCGCCUACCACUGCCUGAGAGGCGGUUGGGUAAAAGACUGAGUGAUGGCGAUUUAAGCCAACAGAAACGGUCGAAAAUGUCGGAGGCAAGUGAUUUCUGGUGA